AUGACAGCAGUUGACGAUGGUUCCCAUGAAUCAGUCAUACAAACUCCUAAUGGCGACCUCGAGAGCUACGAUCCCCUCCUUUCCAAUUCCUCAGUCGAGGACACCUCUACCUUGACGCGCGAUGAGGCCCCGCCCUCCAAUGAGGCUCGCCCUCCUUACGAGCGACAGUCUUCAUUAUACCACCCUCGCCCCGACGGCACACCCAGAACUCCCAACCGGGUACGGUUCGAUCUCGAUGACCAUGCUUCUGCCAAUGAACAUGAGCGAGAAGAAUCCUUGGACGAGGAGGAUUUCCUCCACUCGCCCGGUCAACAGGCGCCUCUCUUAACCGACAUCACACCGCCGGCGGACUCGCCCUUUCGAUCGGAAGCUUUCCAACCAGAAGAAUAUCUGCCAGAUGCCAGGCCUAAGAGUGGAAUGCCCAGUGCUUUCAUGAACAUGGCCAACUCUAUUAUCGGAGCGGGCAUCAUUGGGCAACCCUACGCGUUCCGCCAGGCAGGCUUGACAAUGGGGAUUUUGCUGCUUGUUGCCCUUACGGUCACAGUGGAUUGGACAAUCCGGUUGAUUGUGAUUAACAGCAAAUUGUCUGGGGCGGACUCAUUCCAAGCAACCAUGCAACAUUGCUUCGGGAAGAGCGGACUGGUUGCGAUUUCCGUGGCGCAGUGGGCAUUUGCCUUUGGUGGAAUGAUCGCUUUCUGCAUCAUUGUGGGAGAUACCAUUCCCCAUGUGCUUGAAGCAUUGUUUCCCGGGCUCAGUCAAGUUCCGUUCCUCUGGCUCCUCACUGACCGAAGGGCGGUUAUUGUACUCUUCAUCCUGGGCAUCAGUUGGCCCUUGAGCUUGUACAGGGACAUUGCCAAGCUCUCCAAGGCCUCGACGCUGGCAUUGAUCAGCAUGUUCAUUAUCAUUCUGACGGUGGUCACCCAAGGAGCCAUCGUGGACCCGGAGCUUCGAGGAAGUCUCAAAGGUCUUCUGUUCGUCAACGACGGCUUCUUUCAGGCAGUUGGGGUGAUAUCAUUUGCGUUCGUCUGCCACCACAACUCCUUACUGAUCUACGGUUCUUUGAAAACACCCACGUUGGAUCGUUUCUCGGCCGUUACGCAUUACAGCACCUUCAUCUCGCUAGUUGCGUGUCUCAUUAUGGCGGUCGUGGGGUUCCUCACGUUUGGCGACAAAACCAAGGGAAAUGUACUCAACAAUUUCCCUCCGCAAGGCCAUCUUAUGGUCCAAGUUGCCCGACUAUGUUUUGGGCUGAAUAUGCUGACCACGCUGCCUCUGGAAUGUUUCGUCUGUCGAGAGGUGAUGAACAACUACUGGUUUCCAGAGGAGCCAUAUCAACCCAACAGGCAUUUGAUAUUCAGCAGCGCUCUUGUUGUUUCGGCCAUGGGCAUCAGCCUGAUCACCUGCGACCUUGGGGCGGUGUUUGAACUGAUCGGCGCCACCAGUGCUUGUGCACUUGCAUACAUCCUUCCUCCGCUGUGCUAUAUCAAAUUAAGCACCCGGAGUUGGAAGACCAUACCUGCAGUGGCUUGUAUUAUAUUUGGCUUUGCUGUCAUGACGGUCAGUUUGGUGCUGGCCACGAAGAAAAUGAUUAGAAAUGAAGGCGAACCCCAUCAGUGCUGA